CCUGGUGCUGGACUCGCUCGACCUGCCGUGGCUGGGAGGUCUCUUCGCGGGCUUCCGCAGGGGCCAGCCGGACAGGCUCUUCUUCGACUUCAAGUACCACCUCCUCGGCCCGACCAUGUCGGCGGCCGCCAAGAGGGCAGGCCUCGACAAGCUCAAGAUGUCACCGUACCACAUGAGGCAUUCUGGCCCCAGCCACGACAUCCUGCACAAGAGGAGGUCGCUCGCAAGCGUCAGGGCAAGGGGCCGGUGGAUGUCCGAUCGCACUGUGAGAAGGUACGAGGCUCAUGGGCGGCUGCUACAGCAGCAGUCGAAGGCUCUCGCCUGCGCCGGAGUCCCAGCAGAGGCCUGGGACAUCGAGCAAG